AUGGUAACUAGUAUUAGUGAAAGUUCAUCAUCAAGUAAUAUAGAUAGGGGGAAUUUUGAUAAUGAGUGUAAAAAAGAUGUAAAUAUACCAUCAAUAUGCGAUAUAAGCUUAGUACUAAAAGAGGAUCCCAAAAUUCCAGACUCAACACUAUCUUGUUAUGAUAUCGAGGAGGAAUACUUGGGUUUUGGAUUAGGAAUUAGGAAUAUAAGUGAGAAACUUACUGGAGUUAAUAGGAAUACUGGUGAUUGUAUAAAUAAAUUGAGUGUGACAGUUUCACCAUUUGAUUGUCAUUCAAGUGUAAGAUUGUGUUAUACUGAUUUGUGGAAGAGGUUACCGAAGAAUAUUCCUGUUCGAGAUAUAGCUUUAUCUCGACAUCAUAUUGCUGUACUACUGAAUAAUGGUCAUAUUUAUGUUACACAGAGUUUUAAUAAUGAAUUUGUACUUAGUAGAAAUAAGGUAAAAAGGAGCUUUAAUAAUACAUCAUCUGAUAAUGAAGAUUUAUGUAGUGAUAUACUACUUUAUAAUUGGCUACAUAUAAAGGAAUUAGAUGAGAAGGAAAUUCGUGGUAUAAAGAUAUCUUCUACAUUAGAUUCAUUGAGUAUUAGUGAUGAGAUCUCAAUUAAUGAUCUGAGGAGCUUUAUAUUAUCUGGUUUAACAGGUGCCGGUAAUAUUUGGAUAACAGAGUAUAGUGGUUAUACAAAUAAAAUUUUGUUAUAUCCUAUUGAUUUAGAUAAAUUAAAUGUUUUAGAAUCAAGUUGUAUCAAAAAGGCUAUAGAUAUAUCAAUUUCGGAAUUAGUAAAGAAUAAAGGGGAUAUGAAUGACACCGAGUAUAUUGCUAGUGAUAAAAGCAAUUUAAUACUAGAAGAUAGUAUGCAUCAUUUUCCUUACAAAUAUGGCAUGGCGGUGUCGUGUAUCAAUUCGAGGAAUGAGUCAUUUAUUAUUAUAUAUGGAAGUGAUGUUAAUUCAGUUAUCAUGAACAUACCGUACCCAUGCCGCAAAAUAUAUUGUGGUUUAGAUGCUAUAAAUGGGAUUAUUUUAUUGCAAAAUGGGAUACUAUUAUCUUGGAGAAAGGCUUUAAAGGGUACUACUAAUCAGAAUAAAAUAUAUGGUAAUAUCUCUAUAAUUAAUAUAAAUAAUGAUAUGGAUCUUACUAGGAAUAUAGAUAAGACAAUAUUUCUUAGCCAUGUUAAAGGAUCAUUAAGUAACAAACAUGUUGUUGAUUUUUCUGCAAUACUAGGAGAAUACAUUGCAUUAACAAAAGAUGGUUUAGUUCAUGAAUGGAAUGAUAAGUUUAGGAAUACAUUAUUUACAAGGCCAUAUAUUGUCCAUCCUAUAGUUUGGACUCCCGUAUUUCACUAUUAUCAAAUGAAGGAAUAUGUGCAAAGUAAGCAUGUAUGGCAAUUUAGUCAGGAUAUUAAUCAUUCUGAUUAUGAUCAAGAUGACAAUACUUUUGAUUUAUUUCGAGAUACAAAUGAGAUAACACUAGAUAGUGAAAUUAAUGAUUUGUAUUUAUUACCAGCUUCAAGUGGAAAAUUUAUAACGUGUAUUUGGUUACUAGAAGGUGUUACUAUUUUUUUAUAUAGUGAUAAUACUCUUAAAGCUUUAUAUAAUUAUAUUGGCAAAGAUGGCUAUAAUACUAGAAUUGGAUUUAUUAGUAAUCAAUCAAACAACUCAAAAUAUCUGAACAUGAAUAAGGUAUCAUCUAUCAUUAGUAGUAUGCAGUGGGCUUCUAAAUUAGGUACUUAUUUACCUGCAAAUCCAAUAUCACUUGUAAGUAUUUUAUCUGAAUAUUAUAAAGGUACACCUAAACAAAAGAAUUUAAUUAUUCAAAGAUCAUUAAUAAAACUCUCAUUACGUGAAAAACCAGUCUAUCGUAUUUUAACGUCUCCUAAUGUUAUUAUAUUUGGGAUUUUGAGAUCUAAUCCUAAAUGGAGGAAAUCUAUUGAAUAUAAUGCUAAAAUUGGGGAAUCUCAAACAGAAAUAAACCAUAACGUGCAAGUAAAUAUAGAGUCUAAAGAUAACUCUGAAAAUAAGGAAAGUUGUGAUAUAAAGUGGAAUCUACAAGGUAUAUAUCCUGAUAAGAGAUCCUAUAUUAAAGAUGAAAUCAUCCAAGGAUCAAAAAAUAUAAGAAAAUCAGUCAGGUUAAUUAAUAAAGUAGGAUAUAUAAAAGAGACUGAUACCUUCACACCACAAAGCGAUGAUAUCCCUACGGAAUCAUCUUCACAACUAGAAAGUCCUGAGUUACAUGAGAACUCAACAUACACACCUGGGAAGAAGAGAGGACGUCCGAAGAGAUCACUUGAAGAGUUGAGUUUACAACUUGAUAAAGAAAAUGAACAGAUUUUAAGUAAUCUUAAUUUUACACAAGAGGCUGUAGACAACUCAGCCAAGCUACAUUAUCCUAAAUCAAAAAGUAAAGUUAAUAAGAAAGACGAUGAUAGCCAAUCAAAAAGGAGACUUAGCCUUCUUGAAUAUGAAGUUGAACAGAUUUUGAGUGUCAGGGAGAAACCAAUUUCUAAGCAAAGGGAAUAUCUAGUCAAGUGGAAAAUCCCUGGUCAUCCCGUACAGCCAACUUGGGAACCAGAGGAACAUCUUCAGGGAUGUGAAGAGUUAGUCGAUGAAUUUAAUAAAUCCAUUAAGACGUCGAGAUCUGGUAGAUUAUUACUACCAUGUACAUUAAAUAAGAAAAUUUAG